CACGCUCUUUUGAUAAAUAGUCAGCCUUGUACGAAACUAGUACAUAUUAAGCUUUUUUAAGUUCCAAUCUAAAGCAGAGUGAGCACAAUGGAAGUCUUGGAUUUUGAACACUUAAGGAGCAAAUCACGGCAACCAAUGAAGGUUCAAGUGGGAGCCAGCCCUCAUACACUAGACAGCCUUUGGAAAAGAAAGUCUCUUAGCGUUGGAAAACGGAGACAAACAGACACUUCUCACGGCUAAUUUGGUGCUACUUUAACGUGGGCUUUGCUUUCGAGUUUCCAACAAUUCAAAACUAUUAAUGGGAACCGGGAACGGCAUCGGCAUCUUACAUAUUUUAUAUUUGUAUCCCAUUGAUUAGCCAAAAUUAAACAUAUUGAAAUCCCACUAGUUUAGACCCCUAUAUAUGUGUCUAUAAAGGCCUCGGUUUUAUCUACUUCUUUUCGCUACAAAACAUGGCUUUCUUUGUCAUAUUUUGCUUUCUGUCCCUUCUCUCCCUCUCCAAUGCCUCUGCUUCUGCAGCUGUUCCUCGUCCUCUUGACGGACUACUUCCAAAUGGCAACUUUGAAGAAGCUCCCAAGUCUUCCAACCUCAAGAAAACAGUGAUCAUAGGGAAAUACUCACUUCCCAAAUGGGAAAUCAGUGGCCUGGUGGAGUACGUCUCAGGUGGAACCCAGCCUGGUGGGUUCUACUUUGCUGUUCCUCGUGGGACCCAUGCUGUAAGGCUUGGCAAUGAGGCUUCCAUUUCCCAGAACUUGACAGUUAAGCCAGGCUCAAUCUACUCACUCACAUUUGGUGCCACUAGAACUUGUGCCCAAGAUGAGAUGCUCAGGAUCUCAGUCCCUGGUCAGUCAGCAGACCUUUCCAUUCAGACCCUUUAUAGCAGUAAUGGUGGUGACACUUAUGGUUGGGCUUUCCAAGCAAACUCCAAGGUUGUCAAGUUGACAUUUCAUAACCCUGGAAUUCAAGAGGACCCCAGUUGUGGACCCCUCUUGGAUGCCAUUGCAAUCAAGGAAAUGUUGCCUCUCAGAUACACCAAAGGAAACCUAGUGAAAAACGGUAACUUUGAAAUUGGUCCUCAUGUAUUCAAGAACUUCUCAACUGGAAUCCUCCUCCCUCCCAAGGUUCAAGACCUAGUUUCACCACUCCCAGGGUGGAUCAUUGAAUCCCUGAAACCAGUGAAAUAUAUAGACAGUAAGCACUUUUCAGUUCCUUCAGGUUUUGCUGCAAUCGAACUGGUUGGAGGGAGAGAAAGUGCCAUUGCUCAAAUCAUCAGAACCAUCUCAAACAAGUCCUACAACCUCACCUUCUCUAUUGGAGAUGCCAAGAAUGGUUGCCAUGGAUCCAUGGUGGUUGAAGCUUUUGCUGCUAAGCAGACUCUGAAAGUCCCUUUUGAAUCCAAAGGAAAUGGUGGGUUUAAAACUGCAAGUUUCAAGUUCCAAGCAAUUUCAGAUAGAACACGGAUAACAUUUUACAGUGCCAAUUAUCACACCAAUCUCCAUGAUUUUGGUCAUCUCUGUGGACCUGUUUUGGACAGUGUUCGAGUUUUCCCAGUGCCUUAUUAGUCUCCGUUUGGCAGUUGCUUAAUUAGAUACUGUUAAUUAUAAAAAUAAAAAUAAAAAUUUAAAAGUUCUAGGGUUUGUAAUGUAAGGACUAAAAGGUUUUUAACGGCGAAAUUUGUUUCAAAAACCUUUCUUAAAAGAAGGGUAAUGUGAGUCACACUUUUCAAUAUCUUGAUACUGUUAUUUCA